AUGAAAAGUCGAGAAAAGAAAACGUGGAAAAAACGUGCAUCGUCGUUUUUCCUAUUUCUAGUCAUUGUCAUUUUAAAAAUUGUCGACGGCACGACGGAAUGCGGGAGAGGAAAAGACUGCAAAACUUCGCUCUUCGCUUGUCCAGGAUCGUACAAUUGCACUUGUGCCAAAGGGAUAGCUGGAGACUACGAACUCCUAUGUCCGGGAAUGGGACAAACGUCCGUACUUUCCGCGAGCAUAAUGCCCAACAAAUACAUACAAAUCCAAUGCACGUACGCGACUCAUUUCACGGAUUACAAUUUGCUCAACGGUUUGAAAGUCGGUCCCGUCAUAUCCGUCAAUUUCCGACUUUGCCCCCUUCCGAACGUACCAUUUUCCAAUCUCACGCGUUCCAUCGGCGUCAAUUUCACGUCCGCUCUCUUGUUUCAAUCCUACCGAAACCUGAGCAACACGCUCGAGAGAAAACAUUUCAGGGAUUUGAAUAAUCUCACGAGACUCGUUUUGUCGAGCAACGGACUCACGGAUCUUCCCGAGGAUCUCUUGCAAGACCUCGCGAAUUUGACGUGGUUGGAUUUGCGCGGGAACAACAUGCACGUUCACGACAAUUUUUUCAAUUCCGUUCCCAAACUUCAAACUCUCGAAUUGGGCAACAACAAUCUCACUCGUCUCGAACCCGGAUUGUUUAGAAAUUUGAAAAGGCUCGAACAUUUGAACCUUUGGAAAAAUCAAUUGAAAAAUUUAUCGAGAGACAUUUUUUCACAUUUGACAAAUCUCAAAGAACUCGACGUGUCGUCCAACGGAAUGGAAAACCUUUCGCACGACGUUUUCCACGAUUUACCCAAACUCGUGAGACUGAGCCUUUACGCGAAUAAUUUUUCUGACGUUCCGGAAAAUCUAUUUUCCAACUCCAUCAACUUGGAAGUUUUAAGACUGUACGACAAUCGGCAAACCAUGGUGUUGCCCGAUCGCUUCUUAUCGAAUUUGACGCGCCUCAAAGAAGUUUAUCUGAUGCGUAACAAUUUGCAAACGGUUCCGGAAAACAUUCUGUGGGAAUCGUCGGCUGUCGCAAACUUAUCGCUCCAGGGAAACUCGUUGAAAAAUAUAUCGGAAAAUUUAUUCAGAGAUCAAUUUAAUCUUCAAACGCUGGAUUUGAGUUAUAAUCACCUCGCCCAUUUACCGGACAGAGUUUUUAAAAAUUUGAACAAACUCGAAUUUUUAAGACUCGGAAACAAUCGUUUGAAAACAAUCACGCAAGACGUUUUUCAAGGGCUCAACAAACUGGAAUUAUUAGAUCUCGAAUACAAUCAUCUUAGUUAUUUAGAUAGCGACGCCUUGGGUCAUUUGGAGCAAUUAAAACACGCGAGAUUUUCUCACAACAUGUUAUCCUUUCUCGACGAUGAUGGACACCCUCAAGGGGGUUUCCCGUACAAAGACACCUUCGGAAACAAAUCUCCGUUUCGUCACUGCAUCAAUUUAGAAUAUUUAUAUUUGGCUAAUAAUUCCAUAACGGAAAUUUUUUCCGACUGGAGAAUCGUACUCGUCAAAUUGAGAGUUUUGGAUCUGAGUCAGAACAACAUACAGUAUUUGGUCGUUCAAGAUGUCCAAUUCAUUUCCGACGAUGUAUCCGUCGACCUUCGACAAAAUAACAUAACAAUCGUCAACUUGUACGGAGUCGAAGCUUUGGCGGUGGGACAAACGACGGGUUUGGUCAAUCCCCGUCACUCGAAAAGAAACGUCCGAGUUUUGCUCGAGGGAAAUCCUCUCAAAUGCGAUUGUCAAAUUUACGAAAUGAUUCGUUAUUUCGAAAAUAAAUUAGAGUCCGAAGUGUACGUUUUCGUGACGCUCGUUCCCGGAAAUUUGACUUGUCACUCGCCGGACGUCCUCAAAGGUUCCCAAGUGACUCGCGUCGAUUCUCACCAUUUGAUGUGCGAUCUCGACCCCGCGACUUACAACUGUCCGAAAUCGUGCGAGUGUAAACUCAGACGAGCCGAUUGGGGAUUGAUAGUUAAUUGCACGGAAAAAAAUCUAACGGAAAUACCCGUCGAAUUACCCAUUGUGAAAUACACGAAUCACACGGAAUUGUUUCUCAACGGAAACGACAUACGAACAUUACCCAAUUCGACGUUCAAGGGUUACGAAAACGUGACUCAUUUGUACCUGUCGAACAAUCGAAUCGAAAACAUCGACACGGGUCUUUUGUCGCCGAAAAUCCAACAACUCGCACUCGAUCACAAUAACCUGACGAAACUCGGCGACAAUUUGAUCGGAUUUCUAAGUCGAUCGACGGAAAUCAAAUAUUUAAAACUCGAUAAUAAUCCGUGGAUUUGCGAAUGUUCGACAAAAAGCUUUCUAGAGCUUAUACAGUUAAAAUUCAAACAGGUUCCAAUGUUGUCCAACGUGACUUGUUUCAAAGACAACAGGCAAUUGUCUCACUUGUCCGUGUCCGAUCUUUGUCCGGCAUCGAAAACGUUAAUCGCAUCGUGUAUAAUAUUGGCCGCGUUCGGAGUUCUUUUGGGCUCUCUCGCGUUUCUUUACUACCGUUACCAGAGAGAGGUUAAAGUGUGGUUGUACAGUCAUCAUUUUUGCCUUUGGUUCGUCACAGAAGAAGAACUCGAUAAGAAUAAAUUGUACGACGCGUUCAUAAGUUACAGUCACAAAGACGAAGAUUUCGUCAUAAACACACUCGUUCCCGAAUUGGAAUCGGGAGAAAAUCCGUUUAAAUUGUGUCUUCACUAUCGCGAUUGGAUAGCCGGAGAAUGGAUACCGAAUCAGAUAGCUCGAUCCGUUGAAAAUUCGAGAAGGACGUUGGUCGUUCUCUCUCCCAAUUUUCUCGAAAGCGUUUGGGGAAGAAUGGAAUUCCGAGCGGCGCACAAACAAGCUUUGAGCGAGGGAAGAGCUCGAGUUAUAGUCGUUUUGUACGGUGACGUCGGACCCACGGAUCAACUCGAUCCCGAACUGAGAGCUUACAUUUCCAUGAACACGUACGUCAAGUGGGGAGAUCCGUGGUUUUGGGGAAAAUUGAAAUACGCUCUCCCCCACACUCCGAGCCUCGUCAAAAGUCAUUUGCAAUUGUUGAAAAGUCGCGGGAGCAGAAAGGAAAAAAAUUACGUCGACGACAAAUUGGAAUUGAUACACACUCUCGAUUCGCCGUCGACUCCCGUCUCCGGAGGCACGACUCCGCCGUCGGAAGCCGCCAUAACUCCGUCGGAAACCAUAACCGUGCCGACCGUCAACGGAUUGAGAUAUAGUAGCAACGUUAAACAAUCACCGAUUGCAUAA